GCGGCCCCGCUCCUUCCUCCCAUCGGCCUCGGCUUGCGGGCCUUUCAAACAUGGAGGAGCGCGAGUGGGGGGCGAGGUCGGCUCGCGCCGGGAGCCCCGCGAACCCGCCCAGCCCGCGGCUGGAUGUCAGCUCUGACAGCUUCGACCCGCUGCUGGCCCUGUACGCGCCCUGCCUGCCUCCCAUCCCCUACCCCAACGCGCCCUGCUUCAACAACGUGGCCGAGUACGAGAGCUUCCUGAGGACCGGGAGCCGCGGCGGCGGGCGUGGCCGGGCGCGGGGCGCGAGCUCGGGGGGCUCCGCAGUCCCGGCCACGGCCACGGCCACGACCUCCGGAGCCGGAACCUCGGGCCGGAGCCGCCGCCGUGCCCCCGCCCCGGACCCCGAGCGCAUCCAGCGCCUCCGCCGCCUCAUGGUGGCCAAGGAGGACGGGGACGACGCGGCCGGGGCGCGUCCGCGGGGCCGGGGUCGCGGCCGGAAGGCGCCGCGCAACGUGCUCACCCGGAUGCCCCUGCACGAAGGCAGCCCUCUGGGCGAACUCCAUCGCUGUAUCCGGGAGGGGGUGAAGGUGAAUGUUCACAUCCGCACUUUCAAGGGACUUCGGGGCGUCUGUACAGGCUUCCUCGUGGCAUUUGACAAGUUUUGGAAUAUGGCACUUACAGAUGUGGAUGAGACCUACCGUAAGCCUGUUCUAGGCAAAGCGUAUGAGCGGGACUCUUCGUUGACCCUCACUAGGCUAUUUGAUCGGCUGAAACUUCAAGAUACCUCCAAGAAGGAAGCAGAUUCCAAGUCUGCAGUAGAAGACUCCACUCUUUCUAGAUACUCCCAGACAUCCACUUGGAAAGUGGCUUCAGUGUGGGGAAGAGGAGACACUGACCGGGGCUCACGCAGGCGUUCCCGCUCUGUCCCUUCUUCCCUGCAGGCAUCUGCAAGGGAAGAGUCCAGGUCAGAGCUGUCAGGCUCCAGGACUACACGGACGGAAGGAUCCAGUGCAGGAGGUACCCUUUCCAGGGCUACCACCCUUUCCAGGAGCCAGUCCCGUAAGAAAAAGCGAAAGCCCAAGGUGGAUUACCAGCAGGUAUUCACUCGACACAUAAAUCAGAUUUUCAUUCGAGGUGAGAAUGUCUUGCUGGUUCAUCUUGCACAGUGACCAGCUCAGCCUCACUUGAGCUUUGGUUUGAGAAAUAAAGUGCAUGUGUUGCUACUAUGCUAUAUUCUAGUAUCCUGAUGAAACUCUGAGUUGGAAUGAUUCCCUCUGGUCCUGCACAUGCAGAGGACAGAGCAGGCUCAGGCCUCUGGAAGACGAGCUCAAGGGAAGGACAGGCAUUGGGAGGAUGGGUGUUUGAAUCAAUAACAAGGCAAAAGCUGUUCAUAGGUACAUGCAUUGGAUUGGGUGUCACUUCAGACUCAAGCCAGAUAUGAGCCCUUCCAUUUGACUUAGGGUUUGCAGUGUGGGUAGAAAUCACUCCUCAGAAACUAGGGACAAAAACUGUCUCUAAAGGAAUUGUCACAUUUCUACAAGCUAGUGCCCUGAGUACCAUGAAUUUGGUUCUAACAGUAACAGUUCCAGUACCCCGGAACCCUGUACCCACAUCUUAUAACUGACCUUGGAAUUUUGUUCCACACUGCUCUCUGUUGAUGAAGAAAGGAGGUUUGUUACCUUUCAGUAUCAGUAAGGUCUGGGAAAGUUGCCAGCUUGUGCAGUGGUGGAAUUGAGACAGGUGGUUGGUCCUUGGCCUUGUUGCAGGAAGGAUUGCAGGACCUUAUCAGUCUUCCCUUUUCCAGAGGCAGCCUCUGCACAUGGCACACCAGAUGGGCCCAUAAUGUGCUUGUGUGGUGGUUUCUUGUCCUCUGACUUCUGUGGCAUGGUGCUAGUGCAUGUACUCUGUGGUCUUGCCCCUCUGUAUGUCAUAUGUACUGUCCUGUAAGCUUUGUGGAAGGAGAUUGUGACCUUCGUUUCUGGCUUCAGAGGUCUGCAUGAACUCAGUAAUACACAUCACAUGGCUGAGGCUCCCCUUUCUAGGCAGAGCCAGCCUUGUGCAGGAUAUCCGUUAGAAUGGUUUAUCCUGAAAUAGAAUGGUAGUUUUAUUCCUUUGUGUCAGGCCAAAGAGGUUCUUAGAAAGUAGGUGGGUGUGUCUAAGGAACACUUCACUCACAGUCCCACAGAACCCACGAACACGCCAACUUGAAGCUUAUUAUUAUGUGCUUUUCAUAUGAUAUUGGCUGCAUCUUGACACAGACUGUUAGGCAAUAUUGAUUUUUUAAUUUAUGUUCUAUCUUAUAUAACUUAUGUUCAAUGUGAGAAUCAGUAGUUAAUUAGGAGAAAUGAAAACAAAACUUUCCCCUGCUCUACUUGUUGUGUAACAUGGGUCGGCCUUCUGAGAAGCAGGGUGAGUCGAGGCUGGGGAGCUGGUACACCUCAUUGUUCUGCUGACUGGACCACCAGCUCAUGGCGAUGAGAGCCAAGCAGCUAACCCCUCUGUGCCUCACUUUCCCUGGCAGACACCUACCUCACGGGCAUUGUGGCAGAGAACUUUAGGAUGGCAUCCUACAGCCUCUAGUCAUGUUUAAGUGCCAUGAGUAACUUCUAACUAUUUCAUAGCUCUGUAAGAAUUCUGUCUUAGGAGCAAGGCAGGUGCUAUAUAAGAAAGGAAUCUUCCUAGGUGUCACUUUAUGAUCUUGUAACUAUCAUCAGAAAGCAGUGAAAACUGUGGGAACUGUUUUCCUUUCUGUAGAGGGACAGUGGAAGUUCUCAGAAGAAUGU